AUGAAUUUUGCAAAAGAAGUUAACGCUACCGUGAUGAUACCAGAACAUAGAUUCUACGGUAAAAGUGUUCCUAACGACGAUAUGAGUGUAGAGAACUUGGCUUACUUAAGUUCGACGCAAGCUCUUGCCGAUUUGAAAAACUUCAUAGAAUAUAUAAAGCGUGAAGAUCUUUAUAAAAAUAGCAAAGUCGUUGUCUUCGGCGGUUCAUACUCAGGAAAUCUAGCCGCCUGGGCGAGGAUGUUGUAUCCCGAUUUAGUAGACGCAGCCCUAUCAAGUAGUGCUCCCCUGUUAGCUAAGUCAGAUUUUUAUGAAUACCUUGAGGUAGUUGGUGAUCUUUUCAAGAAAUAUGGAUCUUCUGCUUGCUAUGAGAAAGUAGCUGAAAUUUUCCAACGCUACGAAAAGUUACUAAAAUCUGACGAGGGAAUUGAACAGCUUAAAAAAGAACAUAAAAUUUGCAAAGGGACUGAUAUGAAGGUCCUGGAAAACCAACAUACCUUUUUUUACUAUAUCUUAACAUAUUUUACAUCUAUGGUACAAAAUCCAACACAGAUACAACAUAACUGUAAUCAUAUCAUCACUUCAAAUAGUAUUCAUGAUUGGAAGUGGAACAAGCAAUUGCAGUUUGAAAAUUCACAUCCCAUUUGUUUUAACUAUGACUUUGCCGAUAUGAUUGAAGAUAUAAAAGAACAUUUUUAUUUCAAACCAUGGCUUUAUCAGACUUGUACCGAAUUUGGUUAUAUGCAAUCCACUUCAUCGAAUAAUCAUCCUUUUACAAAUAACUUACCGGUUUCAUUCUAUUAUAAAAUGUGUACAGACGUAUUUGGCCCAGAAUUUGAUCAGGCACGUAUAGAAGAUGGUGUUAAGAAAACCAACGAAAAAUAUGGUGGCCGGACGCCAAAUGUGGACAGAGUAGUUUUCGUUAACGGAGACAUGGACCCAUGGCACAAACUUGGUGUUUUGACAGAUCUUUCAGAUGAAGCUCCGGCCAGGGUCAUACCAGAUGCGGGUCAUUGUUCAGACCUCUGGUUUUUCGAUGACGACGAUAAAUCCGAAAAGGUUGCAGAGGUCAGAGAGUUUACGAUGAAGAAACUAAAGGAAUGGAUUGGAAUGUAAAAUACUCUCUUUAUUAAGAUUGUUGUGUA